AUGUACCGGCCGAAUUUCUACGAAUCAACGUGCCUCCGGUGCAGCGAAAUCGUCUAUCAGGUGGACCGGGUGGGGCCGCUGAAAGAUUUUACUUUCUUCCACUCCGGCUGCUUCAAGUGCAAACGGUGCGGAACCAAGCUGACACUCAAGACCUACUACAACAACCAGCACAAUCAGGAUGAUAAAGAGGUCUACUGCUGCUCGCACGUACCGAAGAGUGGCCCCGGCCACUUCGAUCAGACCUCCGUCGGCAUCCGGCAGGCGCUGAACGUACCGAAAAGCACAAACUACGUCAACGAGCAGAUCCGGGGCCAUCGGAACGACAGUGUCGACGGGCAACCGCGGCUAGGAACACCGAACGGGUACAACAAUGGGGGGAGCCGGGAAGGAAACACGCCGCCCCAGAGCGAUCCCGACUACAAGUACGGCCGGUUCGAUGCAAGCGCCCUGCACAUAGCGCACGCACUUAAGCAGACAGAGAUCCAGAAGGCCUACGAUAAGCCGCGCGAAAAGCCCAUCGAUUACUACCUGGCACGCGAUGAACAAGCCAAGCUGGAAAUGAAACACCGAAAAGAGGAGGAUGAUCUGUACAGAAAGUUUGCCCGCAAAAGAGAGGAAGAAGAUCGACGGAUGCAGAAUGAAUUCCAGGACGAAUGGGAGCGGGAACUGCAACGAUUAGCGCACAAGUUUGAAAAGGAGCUUACCACCAGUAGACGAUCGCGCGAGGAUCAGAGUAUGCUCACCCUUAAGCACGAGCAGCAGAAGGAGGACCUGGAGAAGAACAUGACCAUCAGGAAGACGAAGAAGAAGGAGAGCCUCACCCGGAAGCUGCUCGAGCACGAGCGCUCCGAAACGGCCGCCCUAGUCGAUCGGCAGUCCAGCGAGAUGCUGGAGUUGAUAAGCGUACGGCGAAGCGAGUACAUGCAGAGCGAAAGCAUAUUCCUGGACGAUGACAUCAACGAGACGGUGGUGGCGAUGGAGUAUCCACUGGUGGCCCCGAAGCCGGCACCCCCUGCUCUGAGCAAAUUCCAGGUGUACAACGAUCCGGUUGAGUUUACGGAUGUGGACCAAAUUGCGAUAACGGUGGCGCAAGAGGACCAGAAAACGUUCACCGAUCUGGUGCGACAGCUGGUGGGCCGUUGUACGUCCGAUAUCGAGAAGGCGCGCACCAUCUUCCGGUGGAUCACGGUGAAGAACCUCAACACGAUGACGUUCGACGACAAUCUGCGCGGUGACACACCGAUGGGGCUGCUGCGGGGUAUCAAGUACGGCACGGAAAGCUACCACGUGCUGUUCAAGCGGCUCUGCAGCUACGCCGGAUUGCACUGUGUGGUGAUCAAGGGUUACUCCAAGAGUGCUGGCUACCAACCGGGGGUGAAAUUCCAGGACUCAAGAUUCCGAAACUCGUGGAACGCGGUCUACGUGGCCGGUGCGUGGCGCUUUGUGCAGUGCAACUGGGGCGCCCGCCACCUGGUGAACGCCAAGGAGGCCCCGAAGACGGGCAAGGGUAAAAACGAUAGCUUGCGAUACGAGUACGACGACCACUACUUCCUCACCGAUCCGCGUGAGUUUAUCUACGAGUUUUUCCCCCUGCAAGAGGAAUGGCAGCUACUGAAGCGACCGAUCACGCUGACGGAGUUUGAAAAUCUACCGUUCGUGCGAUCGCUGUUCUUCCGCUACGGAUUACACUUUGCCGACGAUGGAUACGGCGCCGUUGUGUACACCGAUGACACGGGUGCGGCCACUGUCCGGAUAGCAAUGCCCUCGAACAUGCAAGGCUGCCUCAUAUUCCACUACAACCUCAAGUUCUACGACAGCGACGAGGAUUCGUUCGAUGGCGUGUCCCUCAAACGGUUCGUAAUGCAGUCCGUCAUUUCCAACGUCGUGGCGUUCCGGGUGCACGCGCCCUGCUCGGGGGCGUUCUUGCUCGAUAUCUUCGCCAAUGCCGUCACCCCGCAGGAGUACCUUACCGGAGAGCCGAUGAAGUUUAAGAGUGUGUGCAAAUUUAAAAUCUGCUGCGAAGAGUUGCAGACCGUCAUGGUGCCCUUGCCCGACUGUGCCAGUGGCGAGUGGGGACCUACAAAAGCGACCAGACUGUUCGGGCUCAUACCAAUUACUCAUCCUGAACCACUCAUAUUUGCCGGACGCGCGAUCGAGCUGCAAUUCCGCAUGUCCAGACCGCUGACCGACUUUAUGGCCACCUUGCACAAGAACGGCAUCGAGGAAAAGAAACUCUCGAAAUACGUACAGCAGUCGAUCAUCGAUGACAUGAUCACGUUUAACAUAAGUUUCCCCGAGGAAGGACAGUAUGGUUUGGACAUCUACACCCGGGAGGUGGGAUCGGUAUCGCACAACAAUAAUUCGUCGCACGAGAAGCAUCUUCUGACGCACUGCUGCAAAUAUCUGAUCAACUCAUCGAAACGAAACUAGGCCCAUCGAUGGGACGAUGCCGAGAAGCGACCGCGCUAAUCUUAAGCCAGGGCACACCGCCAGAAGCACCGAUUUACCAUAACGCUAAACUAUUUUGUGCUGUAAAUAUUAAAUUCACAACCGUUCCCC